UACCAGCGCGAUAACAGUGAUCAACAGUGAUCUGGCCAACAACGAGCUCGCCUUAUUCCUCCUUGAAUCACUGCGACCGUGCGACCUGACAUCUGUCGGCCUUGACGUGACACAUACGUUGACGCUAGAUGAUUAAGUGACCUGUGAACAACUAUGUUCUAACCUCGACGGAUACGCACAACGUUUUGGAGACGUUCGGGACGCGAUGGAAAACGAAGGUUCGAGCUCGGGUGAAAAAUCGUUUGCUGACAAGCAUGCCGAGAGAAUGAAGCGGAUGCGAGAUCUACAUGCGAAAAGGAAUGAAGCCAGACAGCAGAAUCAUAAGGAGGUUGUCGAGGAAGACAAAAGGAAAAAGCUUCCCUCCAAUUGGGAAUCGCGUAAGAGGCAAGCGGAGUGGAUUGUGCAGGAUGAGGCUGCGAGAAAAGAGGCGCAAGAAAAAGGAGAAGACUAUGACAGAAUCAAAUUAUUGCAUAUCGAUGCAACAGAGGCAGAACGAAUUGCGAGGAAAAAGAGAAACAAAAGUAAUCCUGAUCCAGGCUUCUCAGAUUAUGAACAGGCAGCUAUUCGUCAAUAUAAUAGAUUGGUGAAAAAUAUCAGACCUAAUAUGGAGACAUACGAAGAUACCAAAAAUAAGUUAGGGCCAGCUUUCUAUGGGGAUAAAAACACUAUAUUGCAUGGUCUUCAUGAAGAUAAAAAGGAGGCUGUAGAUAAGAUGGUGGAAGACUUGGAAAAGCAAAUUGCCAAACGGGAUAAAUAUAGUAGAAGAAGGAUGCAUAAUGAUGAUGCCGAUAUUGAUUACAUCAAUGAACGUAAUGCUAAGUUCAAUCAGAAAUUGGAGAGAUUCUAUGGGGAAUAUACUCGUGAAACUAAGCUGAAUUUGGAGAGGGGUACAGCCAUAUAACGGGAGUACGUCACACUAAUGGACUUACUACAAAUACCUUGUAUUUUAAAUAGUAUUUCAAAACUCAUACAAAUUGGAGCCAGACUAAUGAUAAGUCGUUGACCGUUCAGUAACUAGAAGUGCAGAUGCGUUCUCCCAAUCUAAUAUGUAUGUCAAGAAAGUUAGACUAUGUAUAUAUAAAUAUAUACAUGUGAUAUAUAUA